AUGGCGCCACUGGCAAGCGUGCACUAUACAGCGCCAGUGCCACGCACAGCAUCCGCUUUACCGAUGACAACAACCACAGCAUCGACUUCGGAUCCAGCAGAGUGUCGAAACAAGGACUUGCUCGAUUACAUCCAAAGAUCAAUCGAUCAAGAUGAAGAGUUCCAUUUCUUGCGCUUCGAGAAGCUGCAAAGGACCAACCUCGUCGCGUUGCAGAUGAAGCUUAUUCGCACGAAGGACGCGUUGUCAAAGGCGUCAACUAUCUCCGAUGAUGAUCUUGAGAAACUGAGAGCGACUUUGGAGCAAUAUGGCAAGCAUACCCGCAUCGCUUCGUAUACUACCGCAAUACAAAACUACCACUCCCUGCGAGACAGAAAGAGUCUAACCUUGAACGACGCAGUGAAAAGAGAACUCGUGUUGCAGCGCUACUUUCAAUCUCAGGUCAAAGACAUAGGUGUAUUCAAAUCGCACUACUCAUACUUCGACGUAACGGAUGUCAAGAUCGAUAGCCUACGAAGCUUACUGAUGGAGCGACUACCGGUAUGGAUGACCUACUCACGCAACGAACGAUCAACCCGCAGAAGGGAAUAUAGAGAUGGCAAACCACCAAAGGAAGUUUCCGGUUCUGUUGAUCGACUGUGUCGCUUCAUCAUUGCUGCGAUCGGUGGACUCUUCCUUGUUGGACCGAUGUUGAUCAUGGCUAUCCGACCGUCGACGGCGAAAAGCCUUAUAACGGUGUCGGCAUCUGUGUUUCUGUUCGCUGUUCUGUUGACCUUUGGGGUACGAGUGACUAAUAUUGAGGGGCUUGUAUCUACAGCGACAUAUGCUGCUGUUCUUGUGGUCUUUGUCGGUUCUAGCACUGGCGGUGGCAACGAGGCUGUGAGGCUCGCGAGUAAUGGCACGUUAGCGUAG